GGGUGGUGCAGGCAGAGGCGGUAUAUCCAGUCUGACGGAGGGCGGGCCUGGCCAGUCCCUGGAGAGAGACGGACGCGGGUGGAGGCACCAGGAGCAGCCCGGAGCCUCGCGCGACACGACACUCACUCUAUGGCCACAGGGAGCCGCUGAGCGAGAACAGCCCUCAGCCGCCCGCCGCACCUCGCCUCCCGCUCCCCACGCUCCGCCACCAUGAACCACUCGCCGCUCAAGACCGCCCUGGCCUACGAGUGCUUCCCAAACCAGGACAACUCCACGCUGGCCCUGCCCUCCGACCAGAAGAUGAAGACGGGCACGUCGGGCAAGCAGCGCGUGCAGGAGCAGGUGAUGAUGACGGUCAAGCGGCAGAAGUCCAAGUCCUCCCAGUCGUCCACCCUGACCCACUCCAACCGAGGUUCCAUGUACGACGGCCUGGCUGAUAAUUACAACUACGGGACCAAUCGGAGCAGCUACUACUCCAAGUUCCAGACGGGCAACGGCUCGUGGGCCUACCCGAUCUACAACGGGACCCUCAAGCGGGAAGCGGACAACCGGCGCUUCAGCUCCUACAGCCAGAUGGACAACUGGGGCCGCCACUACUCCCGGGGCAACUUCAACACGGGCGCGGGCAGCGACAUUUGCUUCCUGCAGAAGAUCAAGGCCAGCCGCAGCGAGCCGGACCUCUACUGCGACCCGCGGGGCACCCUCCGCAAGGGCACGCUGGGCAGCAAGGGCCACAAGACUGCCCAGAGCCGGUACAGCUUCUACAGCACCUGCAGCGGGCAGAAGGCCACCAAGAAGUGCCCCAUGCGCCCGCCCUCCUGCACCUCCAAGCAGGACCCCGUGUACAUCCCACCCAUCUCCUGCAACAAGGACACGUCCUUCGGCCACUCCAGGGCCAGCUCCAAGAUCUGCAGUGAGGACAUUGAGUGCAGUGGGCUGACCAUCCCCAAGGCUGUGCAGUACCUGAGCUCCCAGGAUGAGAAGUACCAGGCCAUCGGGGCCUAUUACAUCCAGCACACCUGCUUCCAGGAUGAGUCGGCCAAGCAGCAGGUCUAUCAGCUGGGGGGCAUCAGCAAGCUGGUGGACCUCCUCCGCAGCCCCAACCAGAACGUGCAGCAGGCUGCGGCCGGGGCCCUGCGCAACCUGGUGUUCCGGAGCACCGCCAACAAGCUGGAGACCCGGAGGCAGGGCGGGGUCCGCGAGGCCGUCAGCCUGCUGCGGACCACCAGGACCACCGAGAUCCAGAAGCAGCUGACCGGGCUGCUGUGGAAUCUGUCCUCCACGGACGACCUGAAGGAGGGGCUCAUUGCCGAGGCGCUGCCCGUCCUGGCCGACCGCGUCAUCAUCCCCUUCUCCGGCUGGUGCGAUGGUAACAGCAACCUGUCCCGGGAGGCAGUGGACCCCGAGGUCUUCUUCAACGCCACAGGCUGCCUGAGGAACCUGAGCUCGGCCGACGCGGGCCGUCAGACCAUGCGGAACUACACGGGCCUCAUCGACGCCCUCAUGGCCUACGUCCAGAACUGCGUGGCGGCCAGCCGCUGUGACGACAAGUCCGUGGAGAACUGCAUGUGUGUUCUGCACAACCUGUCCUACCGCCUGGACGCCGAGGUGCCCACCCGCUACCGCCAGCUGGAGUACAGCACCCGCAACAGCUACACGGAGAAGUCCUCCACCGGCUGCUUCAGCAACAAGAGCGACAAGAUGAUGAACAACAACUAUGACUGCCCCCUCCCCGAAGAAGAGGCCAACCCCAAGGGCAGCAACUGGCUGUACCACUCGGACGCCAUCCGAACCUACCUGAACCUCAUGGGCAAGAGCAAGAAGGACGCCACCCUGGAGGCCUGCGCUGGUGCCCUGCAGAACCUGACGGCCAGCAAGGGGCUGAUGUCCAGCGGCAUGAGCCAGCUGAUUGGGCUGAAGGAGAAAGGGCUGCCGCAGAUCGCCCGCCUCCUGCAGUCCGGCAACUCGGACGUGGUGCGGUCCGGCGCCUCCCUGCUGAGCAACAUGUCCCGGCACCCGGCACUGCACAGAGCCAUGGGGAACCACGUGCUCCCGGAGGUGACUCGGCUCCUCACCAGCCACACGGGCAACACCAGCAACUCGGAAGACAUCCUGUCCUCGGCCUGCUACACCGUGAGGAACCUGCUGGCCUCCCAGCCGCAGAUGGCCAGGCAGUACUUCUCGAGCGGCAUGGUCAACAACAUCAUCAACCUGUGUCGCAGCAGCGUUUCACCCAAGGCCGCAGAAGCUGCCCGGCUCCUCCUGUCUGACAUGUGGUCCAGCAAGGAGCUGCAGAAUGUCCUCAGACAGCAAGGCUUCGACCGGAGUAUGCUGGGGAACCUAGCCGGGGUCAACAGCCUCAGGAACUUCACCUCCCGAUUCUGAGAGGGGGCUGCCCGAGCAGGCUCAACAUGCAGAAUGACGCGACCCCACGGAGCAGACUCGGGCCUGGAUGGGGGGCUGCUCUGUGCUCCUGGGCAGUAUUUGGGGCGCGCGAGGCAGCGGCAGGCGAACCCGAAAGCUUUGGAAAUGUGUUUAGAAUCUUCUUUUCCCCUCAGGGGAGCUGGCGGGCAGUGGGGUGGGGCGGGGGGACCUUUCUUGAGUUAAGGGAGCUUUUUCUGAUGUCAAUACUUUUUUUUUUUUGGCUGAGAAAUGGUAUAUAUAUGUGUGUAUAAUGUAAGUGUGCGUGUGUGAACGCAUGCGUGUGCGAGUGCCUGCGGCCUGGACCGUGAACCCAAGUUCAGGCAGCGCAGAGGGGGGCGGGCUCCCUCGUUCGCUUGUACCUGUGCUUGGUGGCAGCUGCCCGGGGUCCUGCGCGGGGCCGUCUCCCAGAGGCGAGCCUUCCCCCUUCGGGGCGGCUUUGCAAGAGGCUGGCUGGGGUGUUGAGGUCCGCGGGCCCGUGGGGACAUCUGGCUGCCACUGUCCUGCAGGGUCACAGAUCUGGGCUGGGCAGGUGCAGGGCCUGGAGACAGGCAGGCGUGGCCGCACCUGUUCUGCUAUGUGAGGUCUUCCUGGAAGAGUGGGGGCAGAGGGGGGUCGCUGUGUCUCAGGCCGUGUCCAUCAGAGAAGGCUCAGCCUGAAGCUAGUUCUGCCUCUGCAGCGAGGGUGAGCAAUGGACCUGUUGCAGGAGGAAGGAGGCAGCUUGGUCUCCACCUUCCCGGGGCAGGCGGGGGACAGGCUGGGGCCGGGCAGGGACCAUUCGGGCAUCAGGGAGGACACGCCCCGCCACGCUUGGUGCCUGGGAGACUCAAGAGAGGGAGCGCUUGAGGUUUGGGGCACUUGGAGAAAAGGAGGAACAGCCCAGCAGAGGAACCGUCCUGUCAGGCCACCGACGAGCCCACGCCCCAGCCAGAGGCCCCCACUCCCCCUGAGCCCCCGCCAGACCAUCUCCUCUCUGUUUGUAGAAACCACAGGGGAGGUGACAGACAGAGGCCCAUCCAGGGCACCGGCCACCCCUGGGACGCCAGGCCCUUGUGCAUUUCGGAUGGGAGUAGUAGGACCUCCGGAAAAGCUGUAAUCAGGCCUCAGUGUACUGUACACAGAGCAGAGUUCGGGCUCCUCCGCCCUCUGGCCUCGAGCUUCAGGCAGGAAUUCACCGCCUGCCCGUGUCCUCCAGGAGGGCAUGGUGCCCGGGCCCCCCACCCCGCCCCUCCCCUCUGCACCAGCCCCAAUCCAACCCCACUGUUCCCAGCAGCAGGCAGAAACACACCUUUCCGAACCGAGGGCGAGCCUUUGCCGAGGCUGGACAGCUGGGCCGUGUGACCAGUGUCCUCGGUGCUGUGGGUCUGACGUGGGGUCCGGGCUCACCACCCCGGUCCCACCAGGAUGUCCCAGAGGGGAUUUGAGGAUGACCCCCUGCCGUUGUCAGGGCCCAGAGGAAUUCAUUUCUUAAAAAAUCAAACAGA